GGCGGAUUGGCCGGAAACGUGGCCCGUUUGGGAACGCCUGACCGACAUACGUUUCCGCCCGACGGGAAACCCCGCGCGCCGCAACCCGCCCACACAUUUCAUGCUGUCUUUGUUGCACUAUCGUCCCGUCACCGUCGCUCGCUUACGCGCGCGCGCUCGCUCACCCGUCCGUCCUGUCCCCCGAGCAUUUCGCAUGAAUGGGAACGCUUUUCGGAAGGAAGGACACAACCAACACACACAUAUACACACACAUACACACACACAAACACACACACACCGAGAAACCAUGAAUCAAUUACUUUUUUGAAUGAAACGUCGUUGAUGAAUUGGCGGUGGACGUGCACCGGGUUUGCGCGAAAUGACGAUGGCUGAGGGUAAGCCAAACUUCAGGGUCGUGGAGAGACUAAAGAUCAAAAUCGGUGAUGCAAAGAAUUUGGGCAAGGGACAUUCGUCACUCAGAGACGGACAUUGCACAAUUACACUUGACCAGGAAGAAAUAUUCCGUACAGCUACUAUUGAAAAAGCGAUCGAUCCAUUUUGGGGUGAAGAAUUUGAGUUUGAGAUACCUCGUCGUUUCCGUUACCUUGGUGUAUGUGUUUAUGAACGAGAUAGACCAUUAGGAAGAGUAACUGUCCGAAGGGACCAAUUAACAUCAUUUAACGACAAGGAUCACUGGUUCCCUUUACGACCACUGAAUGUUGAAUCUGAAGUACAGGGAAAAAUUCAUAUUGAAAUAGAAUUUGGCGAAAACCGAGGUAGACUAGGUGUUCGCUUAAAUGAAGCAUGUGAAUUAGCCAUUACAAAUGGAAAUUGUGAUCCAUUUGCUGAUGUUACAGUUCGAUAUACAAAUGAUAAAACGGAAACGCAAAGAACUAAAGUCAAGAAAAAGACUAAUUCACCUGUAUUUGAUGAAGCUUUUGCCUUUACUCUACCUGGAUUAAGUGGAAUUCAUAAACAGCACAUAGCAGGGCAAACACCUACAGCUGAUUGGGCUGAACUUAUAGUUACACUUUAUCAUGAAAUAUCUAGUAGCAAUACUGUAUUUUUGGGUCAAGUAACUAUACCAUUACAAGGAAGAACCGUUAGUGCAUGGUAUUUUCUUCAACCACGAAAUAAAAAGUCAAGUCUCAGGGAAGACCAGGGUUUUAAUUAUCCAAGUGUAGGGUCAUUACGUUUAAAAAUUCAUUACACUGCUGAUCAUGUUUUACCAUCACACAAUUAUGAACGUCUAAAACAUUUACUGUUAAAUAGUCAUGCAGUAGUGCCAACAACUGCUAGUACUGUGUACCUUUUGGGAGAAAUUAUUCCAAAUAAAAUAGAUUCUGCUCAGCCUAUUGUACGCAUUUUGCUGCAUCAUGGGCAAAUUAUUCCGACAAUCAAAGCCCUUGCAUACUGGGAAAUAUCAAAAGUUACUGAUGCAAAUACUAUAUUUCGUGGUAACUCUUUGGUGUCUAAAAUGAUGGACGAAUCAAUGCACAUUUCUGGAAUGAGGUAUUUACAUGAAACUCUAAGACCACCAUUGGAAAGGCUUUUAGCGGAAAGAAGACCCUGUGAAAUUGAUCCUGCAAGAGUUAAAGACACAACAGUUAUCAGUCAUAAUUUGGCAAACUUAAAAAUUUAUGUUGAAGACGUAUUUAAAGCUAUUACAACAUCAGCCCUAAAAUGUCCUACUGUAAUGUGCCAGUUAUUCCAUACGCUGAAAGAAGUAGCUAUAAAAUAUUUUCCAGAAAACAAAGAAAUUAAGUAUUCAGUUGUGUCUGGAUUUAUAUUUUUAAGAUUUUUUGCACCAGCAAUAUUAGGCCCCAGGCUUUUUGAUCUCACGAAAGAACAAAUUGAUUCUCAAACAAACAGAACUCUCACUCUGGUAUCAAAAACUAUCCAAAGUUUAGGUAAUCUGGUUUGUUCACGAUCAAAUUUCAAAGAAGAAUAUAUGUCAUCAAUGUAUCAAUCUGUAUAUACUGAACAACAUGUUACUGCAGUUAGACAAUUUUUAGAAAUUAUUUCUGCCUCAGCUGGUCCAGAAGAAUGUACUCAGGAUACUCCCGUAACACUCAAAGAAGGCUAUCUAAGGAAAAUUACCUCGUGGAUGUUGACUAAACGUGCUCAAGGUCGAAAAAAAUUUGGUAGAAAAAAUUUUAAACAACGUUAUUUCAAAUUAACUACACGAGAUUUGUCAUAUGCUAAACAAAAAGGUAAAGAGUCUCUCUGUACAAUUACAUUGUCAGACAUAUUGGCCGUUGAACGACUUCAACAAGAGUCGUUCAAUAAAAAUAAUAUGUUCCAAAUAAUUCAACCAGAGAGAAUUUUAUAUAUACAAGCUAAUAAUUGUGUUGAAGAAAAAGAAUGGGUUGAUUUAUUAACUAAAAUGUGUUUCUCAAAUAAUAAGCGACUUACCCUUUAUCAUCCAGCUGCUUUUAUAAAUGGCACUUGGCUUUGUUGUAAGUCUAACAAUGAAAGAACCAAGGGAUGCCAAGAAGUAUCAACUUCUGUCGAUCAUAUACAAACUAGUAGUGUUGAUGUUGAUAGAGAACUCUCUAGAAUACAUGCACUUUGUGUGACUCAUAUUGACAGAUUUGAUAGUGUUUUAAAAGCAUGUGAGUGUAAAGCUGUAUAUCCAGGAGAUAGGUUAUGUCUCCCUAUACUAAUUGAAGAUCCAAAAACUACAUUUAUAACUUUAUCUACUUUGCGAGAAAUAAUAUAUACAUUAGAACAAGAGCAUCGUACAGUUUUAAGGACUAUUGCUAGAGAAACAAAAUAUGGCAGCAAACAAGCACCAAUUGGUGAUGAUAAUUACCUACUACUUGCAGGGCGAAAAGACCUCAGUGCACAUCAUCAAAAAGUUUGGUAGCAUACAUUUAAAAGAUCCCGUUCGAUUUAAAGGGGUAACAAUACAAAACAUAAAUUUAAAUAGAUUAUUAAAAAUCUAAAUAAUUUUUAUAGAAACUUAAUUCAGUACAUUAUUAAUAUAUUACUAUUAAUAUUUUAUUAAUUAUUUUAGGCUUAUCCUUUAAUGUUAAAAAUCGUUAAUUCUCAAAUUUUACAAAAAUUAACCAAUAGAUAUAAUGUUGUUAUGACAUGUAUAGUUUUAUACACGCUUCUCCAUUAACAAAAACCAUUGUGCCAACAGUAAUUAACACCCUUGUGUUCAUAUGAUAGUAUUCAUAUUACUUAAGUAUGUGUAUAUAUAUUUUUCAUUAUUUUUUUUCUUUGGCAGCUUAUAUUUUUUUACAAAUUCUCUAUUUCUCUAAAUUAUUUAAAAUUUACCAAAUUAUGUGUUUAAGUGUUUUAUAUAGUUUAAAAACAAUUAAUUGAGAUGAAAAACUUAAAGAUUAUAAUAUAUCUGUUAUAAAAAAAUUGUAAAUGUAAGUAAAUCGACUCCACAUUCCCUUUGUUUUCAAUCUUCUUUGUACAAAAUUAUUAUAAUAUUAUUAAUGUACAGUAUUUAUUAUUGAAUGAGCAGUUUAUCCCCAUCUUUUAUCUUUUUAUCUAUCGAGUCGAUUGUACAUUUUUCUAACACCA